AUGCUACACCGACAUUGGCACGCCCGAGAUGUCCAGCAGAUUGCCCUCUACAACAUAGUGUCCGUCUGCCUCUCGAGCCCGCAAGACUUUGUCAAGUACGCCAACCACUUUCUCAUCCGCGCUACCGACCCUCCGCCGGUCUGGGAGCUCAAGCUCGAGGUCCUGACCCUCAUCUUCCCCCACGCCACGGCCCGCGUCAAGAGCCUCAUCCUCAGCGAGCUCGAACACUUUUCGGGGUCCACCGACAAGGCCCUCGUCAAGGAGGCCGUCCGCGCCAUCGGCCGCUGUGCCCAGGCCGACGCCACCACGGCCCCUCGCUGCCUGCGACUGCUGCUCGCCCAGAUCACCAGUCUCGACGGCACGCUGGCGGCCGAGUCCCUGACCGUCAUCCGACACCUGAUUCAGCAGGACCCCGAGGGCCACAUUGCCACCGUCGUCCGCCUCGCCAAGAAUCUCGACUCGGCGACCGACCCCCAGGCCCGCGCCACCAUCAUCUGGCUCGUCGGCGAGUUUGCCGGCAUCAACGGCGAGGACAACAUCGCCGCCGACGUGCUGCGCAUCCUGGUCAAGGACUUUGCCAGCGAGUCCGAGGCAGCCAAGCGCCAGAUUGUCCUGCUCGCCGCCAAGGUCUACCUGCACCACAUCAACCGCCAGGCCGAGGACAAGACGCCCGAGACGCCUGAGACGCCCGAGACGCCCGAGCCCAACCAGGACGAGCACGUCGUCGCCAAGCUGUGGGACUACGUGCUGCUCCUCGUCCGCUACGACACGUCCUACGACCUCCGCGACCGCGCCAGGAUGUACCGCGCCCUCCUGUCGGUGCCGCAGCUGGCGACGCUGAUGCUCCUGGCGCCCAAGCCCGCCCCCCAGGCGCCGAGCCCCUCCGAGACGCGCAAGGGCUUCCCGCUCGGCUCAGCGACGCUCGUGCUGGCCGGCGGCGGAGGCGUCCACGGCCUGCGAGGCUACGAAGCCCUGCCGCCCUGGGUCGCCGACGGCCACGAGCCGGACCCCCGACUGCGCGACACGGAGCCGCCGACGCCGGCCUACGGCGAGGACAGGGUCGUGCCGGCGAGUCAGCGCCUCGACAGCGCCGCGAGAUCGGCGCCGAGCGCCGCCAUCGCGAGGUCGAAUGGACUGGGCGCGCAGGGUGGGCAGGGUGGGCAGGGCGAAGCGGUAGGGGCGAAAUCACUCGAUGAUUGGCUUGCAGAGGAAGAAGCCGACGACGAUGACGAUGAAGAGGACGCCGAGACGGACAGCGAUGAAGAGGAGGAGGAGGAGGACGACGACGAUGAAGACGAAUACGAAGAGGAGUCAAGCGAGGGUGAAGAGGAGAAUGACCGGCUCGUCAAAUCACCAUGA